UCAAGAAUUCGAGGUCAACAGCUUGUCAGUGGGAAUCAGUUUAAAAAAGAAUCGAGGUCUCAAUGCAAUGGAAAUCAAAAUCGGCCCAUCUGGAAGCAUCAAUUUCCUGAUUUUGACCCUAUUUGUGUUCCUCUCCUCAGUCCAUUUCACGCAAGGGAUCAUAAAACGAUGUUACUCGUGUAGAUCAAGAGGCGAAUUGGGCAACUGCAAAGACCCCUUCCCAGUCAAUGGCACCGCCAAACCUACUGUGAAAGGGGAAGAGCCCCAGCUUCUGAGGGGUGUCGAGACAAUUCCUUGCGCCUCUGGCUGGUGCAGCAAAAUGAUGGAAGGCGGUAGCACUUUCAAAGACGACGAUUAUGGAAUAGCAACACACAGAAUGUGUCUGCAAAGACAGCCCUCCGAUGGUGAAGAGAGAUGUGCCUACAUAACAAGAAACAACAGGAAAGUUUUUGCCUGCUUCUGCCAAGGCGAUUUGUGCAAUUCAGCGCCACUCAACUGGGCGCCAAACAUGAUAAUGACUUUUGCAAUAGUGAUUUCUGCAAGACUGCUAUGUUGAUUCCAAAUUAUUUUAAUAUAUUUUCUUGGAUAUUUAUAAAGUAACAAAAAUACUCAUGCCUCAUGCACAGUUGAUCUGUUAAAUUAUAUAUUUUGCAUUAAACGUUUGCAAAUGCAUUGCAUUUCUUUGAAAUAUAUGCGUGACAGCCAAAAUGAUUUUAUUAAAAUAUAGAAGCAUUGUA